CCGCACCCAGCCAUUGUUUGUUCAUUUUCUACUUGGCAUUUUAUAUACUCAGAAUCUUUCCAUCUGCUUCUAGUGCUUUGGUACCCAAAUGUGGGCUUUGACUGCCUGCCUAGCUGUCUGGCUUAUUCUUGCCAAUUUUGUUUUCUGAGUCCUGCGUUCUUCCCCCAUUCUUUGCUGACUUGUUUUUAAUGUACUUUCCCGGUAUGACCCUACUCUGUUUGGUGUUCUCACUGCUUGUUCAUGAAAACAAACUCAUCCAUUCAUUUAUGGAGUGGCUUUUGAGCACCUAUUCUAUCCUAGGUGCUGUGGGAGCCACCAGAGUUACAAUAACAAACCCAACCAAACAUUCCUUGUCUCCCUAAGCUAGAGAGACGAGUUAGGUAUUAAUCACACAAACUGGGAUAACUGCUGUGAAGGAAAGACACAGAUGCAGCUGACCUAGGAACACUGGAAUUGAAAUCUGUCACCUCAUCUCACUUACCUAGCAGCAGCUCGCCUUCAUUUUGAACUUUUGCCUGAAUCAGGAUUGACAUGUAGUGCCCCAUUCUCAAUUCCGGCUGUUGUUUUUGGGUUGUUGGCAGUUUGCUCCUGACCCCUUGCCCCAACCAAGGCUGCCAUCGUUUGUAUUCUUAGUCACUAGUGGGAGCAUACCCUGAUCAUGGAUCUGUCCUCAUUUGGGAGCUCUUUUCUCUUUGUUUUCUUAACGCCUGCCUCUGUUGGUUCUUUUCCUACAUCUUCGUUAGCUUCUUGGUUAUAUUUUCUACUUCUUUACAUUUCCUAAAAGUUGCCCUAACCCAGAUUUUGUCAGGGUAAGAGUGCCCAGAACUUCUAUAGGGUUAAUAGGCCUUCAAAAUGAUGUCACAGGGAAGGGAAUGUUGCUUGUUCAUUCCUUAUCCUGUGCCCUCCUCUGUAUCUGCUACCCUUUCUUGGCAAUCUCAUCUAUUCUUGAACUCUCUGUGUUACCAUCUUUAUGCAAAUGACUGGCCGAUUUCUCUCUUUUGCUCCCGUUUUCAAGUAUUUGGUGGAUCGCUCCAUGUGGAGGUAUAUAAUACUCCAAGUAGAAUUCAUCAUCUUCUCUAACUUUACCAACUCCCAGUCUCCUACCUAGAAAUCUCACACAGACACUCCCACCUUGCUGACUUCCAGACCUGCCUGGUUGCUAGGGGGUGCUGCUUUGUCCUGUGUGAUACCAUGGUAAGGGCCUCUUCUUUUCAGUGUCCUGAACUCAAGUUUGGGUCUUCCGUUCCUUUCACCUGUCUGUUCUGAUUUUCUCCUAAGAUACAUCUGCUACUAGUAUCUGUCAACUCCAGAUGACUUUGAGUCCUGUACCAGGUUUCCUGAAACAAUUCUAAUGUGUUGUUUUUCUCUUCUGCUCAUUCAUGCUUUGAAAACUCCCUAGUGCUUUUGAAAAACUGGCCUAGUUUUUUAGGCCUUCCAACUUGUUUUAAUUUCCUUGCCACUGCCUCCCUUCAUAUAGGCUGGACCCUAUCCAAAUGGAAUUAAUUUUGUGAGAACUUGCCUGUAUUUUCUGUUUGCGCCUCUAUUUUCAUUUCCUUUUGCCAACAGUAUGCUUUCCUCACACUCUUAGUUCUUUAAAAUCUUUCCUAAAGUACUCUCAGGUUUCCUGACUUGGAGACACUCUUUCUUUCCUAUCAUCUGUACAUUUAUCCACACUUUAAAAAACACAGUGCUUACCCCUUAUCCUUCAUUCUGUCUAGUGUAGUGCCUUGAAGAAAUACGUGUGAAAUUACUGAGUGCAUAAAUGCAUUUCUGUAUUAAACCCUCAGACAGUCUUGACUCCUCCAUCUGCCUUUCCCAUUCCCUUGCUGUUUAUAUAAGGCCAUCUCUUUCUCUCCCUUCUUGCAAUAGGAUUGGCUUUAUCUGUGAAUCUCUUUAUCUUGCCCUAAGUGGUCUGUUAUCCUUUGUCUCCAUUGCUUUUCUGCUGCUGAGUUAGUAUUAAUUUCAAUUUAAAGAGAAAUUACAUCAUUUUGGUGAAGGAUGUGUGUGGGAAAUAUAGAGGAAAUAGAAGCUAGUGUUCAGAAUGACAUCUUGAUUCGUUUUGUGGGAACUCAGGCUGCCCACAAAAAUUUCAAAUAUAGACUUGACUCCUGGGCUGGUGGCCAUCAGAGACUAGAAAGUAGAAGUUGUGAUGACAUGUUCAGCAUCCAGGUGGUAGGCUAGGGGCCAGCUGCGGGGACCCACAUUCCAGCCUGCUGAUCCUGGCAGCUGCUCUUAUAUUCCUUAGACACAGCUGUUUGAGCUUCUCAUCAGACAACUGGUUUGAGGUGAUGGCAGUGAAUGACAACAGAGCUGCUCAAGGCGGGAACUCUGAGCUGAGCAGUGGAGGUUUCUUUGGAUCUGGAGAGAAGAGUGACCUUGGAGCCAAUAAUGAGCCAUCCUGACUACAGAAUGAACCUCCGGCCCCUGGGGACCCCCAGAGGUGUGUCCACUGUGGCUGGCCCACAUGACAUUGGUGCUUCGCCAGGUGACAAAAAGUCAAAGAACAAGUCCACACGAGGGAAGAAAAAGAGCAUAUUUGAAACUUACAUGUUCAAGGAGGAUGUUUCGGAAGGCUUGAAGAGAGGAACACUCAUCCAGGGUGUAUUGAGAAUUAAUCCAAAGAAGUUUCAUGAAGCCUUCAUUCCUUCCCCGGAUGGUGAUCGAGACAUUUUUAUUGAUGGGGUUGUUGCUCGUAAUAGAGCCUUAAAUGGGGAUCUGGUGGUCGUGAAACUACUUCCCGAGGAGCAGUGGAAGGUAGUUAAACCAGAGAACAAUGACAAAGAAACAGAAGCUGCAUAUGAAUCAGAUAUCCCCGAGGAGCUCUGUGGACGCCAUCUCCCGCAACAGUCCCUGAAAAGCUAUAAUGACAGUCCUGAUGUCAUUAUAGAGGCUCAGUUUGAUGGCAGUGACUCAGAAGAUGGACAUGGCAUCACACAAAAUGUGCUGGUUGAUGAUGUUAAGAAACUCUCAGUUUGUGUUUCUGAAAAAGGAAGAGAGGAUGGUGAUGCACCAGUUACAAAAGAUGAGACCACCUGCAUUUCACAAGACACAAGAGCUUUACCGGAGAAAUCCCUGCAAAGAUCAGCAAAGGUGGUUUACAUCUUGGAGAAAAAACAUUCUCGAGCAGCAACUGGCUUCCUCAAACUCUUGGCUGAUAAGAACAGCGAACUGUUUAGGAAAUACGCCCUGUUUUCUCCCUCAGACCACCGAGUGCCUAGAAUUUAUGUGCCUCUCAAGGACUGUCCCCAGGACUUUGUGGCACGGCCUAAAGAUUAUGCCAACACACUGUUCAUCUGCCGCAUUGUGGACUGGAAGGAGGACUGCAAUUUUGCCCUGGGGCAGCUGGCUAAGAGUCUUGGGCAGGCUGGUGAAAUUGAGCCUGAAACAGAAGGAAUACUAACAGAGUAUGGCGUGGAUUUCUCUGAUUUCUCUUCAGAAGUUCUAGAAUGUCUUCCUCAAGGCCUGCCAUGGACAAUUCCACCAGAGGAGUUCAGUAAGAGAAGAGAUUUAAGAAAAGACUGUAUCUUCACCAUUGACCCAUCAACCGCCCGAGACCUCGAUGACGCCCUCUCCUGCAAGCCACUCGCUGAUGGCAACUUCGAAGUGGGAGUUCACAUUGCCGACGUGAGUUACUUUGUUCCAGAGGGAUCCGACCUGGAUAAAGUGGCUGCUGAGAGGGCCACAAGUGUCUACUUGGUUCAAAAGGUGGUCCCCAUGCUUCCCAGGCUGCUGUGUGAGGAGCUGUGCAGCCUCAACCCCAUGUCUGACAAGCUGACCUUCUCUGUGAUCUGGACACUGACUCCAGAGGGCAAGAUCCUUGAUGAAUGGUUUGGCCGGACCAUCAUCUGCUCCUGUACCAAACUUAGCUACGAGCAUGCACAGAGCAUGAUUGAAAGCCCAACUGAGAAAAUCCCUGCGAAAGAGCUGCCCCCCAUUUCCCCAGAGCAUAGCAGCGAGGAGGUACACCAGGCCGUCUUGAAUCUCCACCAAAUUGCCGAGCAAUUACGCCAGCAGCGCUUUGCGGACGGCGCACUUCGUUUGGAUCAGCUAAAGCUUGCUUUCACUCUGGACCACGAGACCGGAUUGCCUCAAGGAUGUCAUAUCUAUGAGUACCGUGACAGCAACAAGCUCGUGGAGGAGUUCAUGCUCUUGGCCAACAUGGCAGUGGCCCACAAGAUCCACCGUGCCUUCCCCGAGCAGGCCCUGCUGCGCCGGCACCCCCCACCCCAGACAAGGAUGCUCAAUGACCUGGUGGAAUUCUGCGACCAGAUGGGGCUGCCCGUGGACUUCAGCUCCGCAGGAGCCCUCAAUGUGAGUGGUGGGCAGGGUUCAGGGGAGGCUCUGCUUGGGGGAAAGAAGAGAAAGACCUGGAAGGUGGGGGGUCCAAGGGCCUCUGCUUCCCCCCAGAGUCCCUCCCUUCAGCCAGGUCUCUCCUAUAGAGGAGGAAGGAGGCCGUGGGAGGAAGGGCCCCUCUGAGUCACAGGGGCCCUG